AGGGGUUAGGGGAGAGGGGAAGGAGGGUGGUAUGGCUAAUGAGGGGAGGGGAGAGUAACAGGGCGGUCCAUGGGGGUACUCAGGGUAACAGGACAGGGUCACACUAACAUUCCUAUUGAAUCACCCAUCCCAUUUUCCAUUUCCCCUUGGGUCACAGAUUGUGAAUGUGGCCACAGGUUCCCUGGCCUCGUCUCUCUUCCCAGGACACCGUUCGCGCCAUGCGAUCACUGCCUUGGCCUACCACCCAGGGAGAUCCAAUCUGCUCCUGGCUGUGGGGGCAGAUGGCAUCAUCUCUCUCUAUAGUGUGGAUUCCGGGAAGCUGCUGACGACGGUGACAGAGAAGGAGAAUGAGAUCAAUGCCAUGGAUUUCUGCAUGGAUGGCAGCACCUAUGCCACAGCUGGCAAAGACCGGCACAUUCGGCUCUAUGCCAGCCACACCAACCAGCUGUCCCACAUUCUGCAGGCUCCUGACUUCAUGACUGGGGACGUGACACCAAUCAGUGGCCAUUCUCGCCGAAUCUUUGCCCUCCGCUUCCACCCUGGGGAGCGCCAUGUGUUCCUGACAGGUGGCUGGGAUGACUGUGUGAAGAUCUGGGACAAGCGGAUGACUAAGGAGGCCCAGAGGGUGAUUAAUGGGCCUCAUAUCUGUGGCCCAGGCCUCGACAUCCGGGGGAACCACGUGCUUACUGCCUCCUGGGUGGCCCACAAUGCGCUUCAGCUCUGGGAUCUGCGGACCUCUCAGCUGCAAAAGAACCUCCCCUUUCCUGGGGGCCCCAUGCAGGGCCAGUUCCUCUAUGCAGCCCGCUUCUGUGACCAGGACGUGGUGGUGGCUGGGGGCAGCGGCACCAGUGGAGCCAGUGCCAUCCAUGCUGGCACUAACCAGGUGCUCGGCGAGAUCCCGCUGCCCAACAAACCAGUGCAGGCUGUGGCAGUGGGCCAGUUUCCAGAUGAUGCAAGAAACUCUCCAGCAUUCCUGGGAAAUUCAGCCUGGCCUUUGGGAUAA